CCCUGAUGCCCAAGCCUCUCACUUAAUUAUCCGGCUCCUCCCGAUAACCGUUGAGAGAGAGAGAGAGAGAGAGAGAGAUGAGAAUGGAAGGAGCGGAUAUGGAAGCCAAAGAGAAAUCGAAAGUAGUGAUUCGCUGUGCUAAAGCUGCGCUCCUGCUAUCUGCGAUCAAAUCCUUUCCGAACCGCUCCCUGAAUAGCGAGGAAUACGAACGAUUCGAGGAAGACGAAAUGCUGAGGAGAAAAAUUGGAGAGCUGAAGAUUGCAUUGGUGAGGGAGAGGUUGAAGACCAAGAGAAUUAAGCUAUGUGGCUUGAUGGAGGUGGUGCUUCAAAUCGCGCUGGUUCUCUCUCUUUCCACGUUCUUCUUGACGCUCGCGUAGCGCUCACACUCAUUGAUUGAGCUGCGAUGAGACGGCCAUCUCUACGUUUUCGUUGGUGUUUGAUUCUACUGCAUAUUUUAGUUUGAUUCUUCUAGCUAGUCCCAUUUAGAUCAUUUGCAAAUGUAGAAAUAUGAAUUUCUGAAAAUAGAUAAACUGUCUCUGUUUCCAUGAAGGAAUGAAAUGUGAUAGUUUUUUUUUU